AUGAAUCAAACAUCAGUGAGAAAAUUUGUUCUUCUAGGACUCUCUAACAACUACGGUCUCCAAAUUUUCUUCUUCGUGGUGUUUUUAGGUAUGUACAUGGUGACAAUAUCCGUAAACCUUCUCCUGAUCCUUGUGGUAACACUGAACCCCCGACUCCAGACCCCUAUGUACUUUUUCUUGAGUAACCUCUCUGCGAUUGACAUCUGCUUUUCCUCAACUGUGGUGCCCAAAAUUCUGUUAGUUACCAUAUCGCAGGACAAAAGUAUCUCCUUCUUAGGAUGUGCGACCCAGAUGUACUUUCAUUUAGCUCUGGGGGGAUCGGAGUGUUUAAUAUUGGCCGUCAUGGCCUUUGAUAGGUACACAGCUAUCUGUAAACCUUUACAGUACACCAUCAUUAUGGAUAAAAAGCUCUGCGUAGGUCUGGCUGUUGGCUGCUGGAUUGUGAGCUUUAUAAACUCAUGUAUUCUGACAUUUUUAACCUUCCAGCUGCCUUUCUGUAAGUCUAACCUCAUCAGACAUUUUUUCUGUGAGAUGCCCCCUCUCCUCCGACUCUCCUGCAGAGAUAUUUGGUUCAACGAAGUAGUAGAGUACAUCUCAGGAGCAAUAAUUGCUCUUGGUUCUUUCUUGCUGAUACUUGUCUCCUAUUUUUGCAUUGUCUUGACAGUCAUAAAGAUCCGUACUGCUAAGGAGAGACAGAAGGCUUUCUCCACCUGUGCCUCCCACCUGGCAGUGGUCUCUCUAUACUAUGGAACCAUCAUGUUCAUGCACUUGCAUCCACGAGCUGCUUCUUCUUCAGAACAGGACAGAGUUGUCACCAUCCUCUAUACGGUGGUUACUCCUCUGCUAAAUCCCAUCAUCUACAGUGUGAGGAAUAAGGAGAUUAAAGGAGCCAUCAAAAUGCAAUGA